UACCGACGGAAAGUUUGUUUAUAACAUGGCACUAGGAGUCGGCGGUGCUAUUUUUAUAGCUCGCAUUUUCUUCGUGAUACUGCUGUUCCAGAAAUAUUUGGUGUUCUCUGCUGAGGAAGAUGACCAUUUCCAUGGUGUCAACUACACUGUGGGCAGCCAGGAAGGCAACGGGAGCUAUGUGACCUUUGAUAAAGGAGGAGCCGAGGUGCCCAAUGUAACGGAUAUACAUCCAGGUCUUGUUGUCCAUAUUGAUGCAAAUGAUGAUGAAAUCAAACCCAAGGUUCCCACUAACAAGAAAAAGAAUGACUUACAGGCUAACCAGGAUGGUGGCAUUGAGAUAACAGAUGAACACAUAGGAGUCAUCAUGGUGAUAGUCAUUGUUGUCAUGGCGAUACUGCUCUGUGUUGUUAUUGUUAUCUGGAGAAAAUCAAAGAAGAUAUACAGGAAGAAACACCCACUGGAGGAAGACCACAAUGAGCUUGUUGAGUGUGACGACUUCAACAUGGAAAGGCAGAGGCUGAAACCUGAAGACCUGCAGAGGAUGGAAUUAAUGGAAUACAAGAUAGAGGGCAAAGGAGAAGAAGAACCAAUGAUGCUGCAGUCAAAUACUAAGACAGGUGACUCAGGUGAAGCAUAGGUGGCGCUUUAGGCAAGAAAAGAUAUACUGUAUAGAUGACUGUUUUCCUUAAAGGAAAGACAAGACACAAAUUGGCUUGAUUGUAUGGUGCUUGAGAGGUAGUGGAUGGAUACAGAUUUAUAUGUACUUGGUAUAAAUCAUAGAUUCACUAAUACCAUAUCCACUGAAAUGAUUGACUAUUCCAUGUUAAUGUGCAAUAAUUUUAAAGGCAUCUUAACACAUGAUAUUAUUUUUAACUGCUUUUCUGAUGUGUUGAAGAAAAUUCAGUUCUCUUGUUAACUGUUUUAAAUGUGGAUGAAACAAAAGUUUGCAUAAUAUUCUGACCAAACCAACUAAAAGUGUGAUGAAAUUCAAGAUAUUUUUUACUGAACUUAUGUUAGUUGUUCCAUAAAGAUCAAGCUCUGUUUUUCAAUCAGGGGUGUAUUUAAAAUAAUCAGGUUUCAAAUUAAGUGUUUUUUUUUUUUCUAACACAGUAGGUGUGUGUGAAUCUUAUAUUCAUAGGAUAAAACAGGAAAAUACUUGAUAUUUUCGUCCUUAGAAGAAAAACAACUUUUGAUAUAUUUUCAGACUUAAAAAGGUAAAAAAUCUAAUUUUUAAGAUGUAAAACUUACCAGUGUGAUUUUUAUAUGGUAGCAUUUACAAUGUUACAUGAUUUUUUUUUUCUUACUCUUGAUGAAAAGUGGAGAAAAUGUGUAUAUUUUCAGAUAGUACGUCACAUUAUUCUGAUUAACAGUGAUAUUUUGAACUCCAGAUAUUUUAGGAAAGCUGAGUAUAAUUUUGAUAUUCUAAGCCUCAUCCUCAUUGUGUGGUGAAAUACUGGUUCUUUACACAAGCAUGAGCUUUUCUUUGGAAUUUUAAAAUUUUGCGUAAUUUUGAGAUUUUUUUUUGUACAACUCUGAUGAGUCCUGAGGAUCAUUGGUGGGGGGAGGGGGGCAGACGUUUAAUUAUUUUGUCUCGAGCCAAUUUCUCAGAGAAUUUUAUAAUCCAUCCCUUCAUCUUUCACACCAUGUUACUUUCGUGAGGAGAAGUCAAGAUGAGACACACCUUAUGCAUAUCAAUUAUGUAUAGAUAGAUAUUUAUAAUUCUUUUAUUUUUGCCUGUUUUUGUUACUCUUUAUUUAGUCAACUUACACUAAUUGGUUUGUGCUUUAUCAUGGCAUUGAUUUGUCAGUCUGAACCAACUUACAAUAUUGAUAUUGUUGUUAUUAUUAUCAUUAUAAUUUAUUUAACUCUCAUAUAUGAACAGUGUAGUGUAUUUCAAUUAUAGUUCUAUCAUUGUUGUUGCAUAAAUAUACACUUCUAUUUAAACUUACUUUAAAUAAUUUGCAUUUGGUCGUACAUGUUAUUUGGAUUUGACAAAAUGUGUUAUGUGUUCACUUCAAAGAUUUUGUAAACUUACAUUUUAUUACAUUUUGUACUUAUUUUUUGUGCAUAUGUCAAUCAUAUCACGAUUGAAUGCUUUACUUUGUGCAGAGAUUUUAUGAGCAGUGAACUGAAAUUUUUGUUGGUGCAUUUCAUUUCCUUGUAGCAAAAAGAAACUGUAACAGUUUUAAUUUUACGUUAAGGUGCUUAUGUGCUUAGAUCUAGAUUAUGCUGUAUGUUUGAAAAAUUCUGCAGGUGAAGUUUCUUUUUCAACCCUCCACUUUAAAAUAUAUUUUGCACCUAUCUCAGCAUAAUUUUCCAAAGUAUCAGAUGUUUUUUGUAUUUUAUUCAUACAUUUUACUGUAAUCCACUCAUUUUAAGUAGCUUAAUUUUGGUAAUCCCAUAGAAGUAUUAAGACAUUGUAAGUAGAAUUAGAGCAGUCUAAUGCAUUGUUUUCAUUUUAUAGCAAAAUACACGAGUUUUUCACUCUAUACCUCACUCAUGGUUGUAAUAUUUUA